GAGCUCAUCUAUCAGACGGUGAGGCAAGUCCAGGGCGUGGUGGACCUGGACAAACAAACCGAUUUCCAGGUCACUUCCUUGUCGGACCGGCUGGCCAACACGAACAACAAACUUGGCGAGGUCACCAACAGCAUCAACAGGUCAGCUACCCUGAAGAGGGCGGCAUCACAACCAGAGGAGGCUGAGAUGGUCAAGUCGGAGAACAAGGAGCCCACAGACAACCGCGACGACGAGGCGGCUGACUUUGGCAGCGGGGAGGGUUACGAGGAAUCCAGUGAAGAGGAGGCCAACGCCAGGGAAGGCGACGGGCGAGAAGACGCUGAGGUCAAGCAGGCCCCCGGCUCUAAGCGGGCAGGGCGCCGGGAGUUAGCAGACAUCCACAGCGGUUUCGUGGAUUUCACGAUCCUGGACUCCAGCAGGCCCCUUUGGGGAACCCAGCAGAGGAAGAAGAAGACCGGCCACGGGCCGGGGCUGGGGGCAACAAGCGUAAGGGGACUGGCCGCAACUUGCCGGCCCCCCUUGUCGCCUUCGGGCGCGGGGGCCGCUCAGGCAACGCUGGAUCGACGGGGCAUGAGCGGCGGCGUGUCCACAGUAGCCCAUUCUGGAAACUGCCGCUUCUAUGGAGGCUGGCAAGGGCAAGGUGGCUACUUUAUCAUGAGCCAAAAGGAAGAGGUGACAGCUUGUGUCUACAAGGUGAAGGAGAUGGGGCACUGGUGGAUGCAACACCUGGGUUGGAUGGCCCCUGCUGCUGUUGGUGAUGGGGGCGAUGGGAAGCCUGCCAUGGGAUGGGCCUUGGUGCUGCUCUCCAUGGCUGCGGGAGAGGAUGGGAAGUCACUGGCAGGUGGUGGUGGCUGCAGUGAACCAGUGGGAGGCUUCUUGCCCAGCAUGAGCUUGCUAAGCAAACAUGGCUACAUCCCAAGGUCCUGGGGACCUUUGGCAUUGGCCCUGGUGGCAUUGGCCCAUGGAACGUUCCUGGCCAGUGAGAGGUGCAAGGUGCCCAAUGGCUUCCUGGAACGAUUGCUCAUUCUUGAAAUCUGGACAUUUCUUUUGGCUUCAUCUUUGGACAUCUCUAUGGCUAUGGAACCCUGCAAAAGGACGGCCAAGCGCAGCUCCUCCAUCAGGCUCUCUCAGCAUGCUAAGUCCCGCCUCGCCACCUUCACCCGUGGCCUCCCUCCCCAUGGGAUCGUGGAAGAGACCUUUCCUGGACAUGCCACGUGUCCUCCUUUUGGCCUGCCACGUGCCACGCGUGGUUUUGGUUUUGCUGACUUCAAAGGAUUCAGCCGGGACCAAUUG